CCGUGAAAAGCCGUGAAAAGGCGCAGCCAGCGCAGCACGAAGCACACUGGUUCAUGUCUACGGUUACGCGUGAGCUUUGAUUGAUGAUUAAAGACAUUAAAGGUGUCACAGUCUUUUCACUCGCUUAAAAAUGGGGGAUCAAGACAGAGACGUUGACUGCUCCAACGCGGCCCGAGGCGUGUGGCUCGUAAAGGUGCCGAAAUACAUCGCUUCUAGAUGGUCUAAAGCGCCACCCAUGUCUGAGGCUGGGCGGCUGAGAAUCACGAAGGGAGUAAAUGGCAAAUCAGACAUUCGGUUCACACUAAGCGAUGAAUGUGUCAACAUGAAAGACCCAGCUGACAAGUCAUCUAUACCAAAAGAACAUCGUUUUGUCAUCUCCAACAUAGCCAACCAGAACUUAGCCGUUUUCUCACAGAACAAAGUGGUGGAAGAUGGCACAGAGCAUUCUUCUGGUAAAGUUUACCUGGAAGGCCAUGUUGUACAGAAAGGUGAAUGCAGACCCCUGGGAGAUGACCGCUACAUGCAACUGAAAAGGCAAACUAUUCUGAAGGCUAGCCAACCUGUGCGUCAAGUGAAGCAGUUAGACCGGAUUGUGCAGAACUACAAGCCUGUGGCGGACCACAAGCACAAUCUGGAAUUUGAGCAGAAGAAGAAGGCAGAGGGCAAGAAGGCACGUGAAGACAAAGAAAAGGUGCUGGACAUGCUUUUCUCAGCAUUUGAGAAGCACCAGUAUUACAACAUCAAGGAUUUGGAGAAAAUCACACGACAGCCAGUGCCCUAUCUGAAGGAGAUCCUCAAGGAAAUAUGCAAUUACAAUGCCAAGAAUCCUCACAAAAAUAUGUGGGAGCUCAAGCCAGAGUACCGUCAUUACAAGGACCAGGAGGCCAAGCAGUGAUAGCCUGGCAAAUUGUU